AUGGUCGCGAAAGACACCAAUAUUUAUAGCUACGCUAGUGUUGAAUCAGAUGAGGAUGGAGAGGAAUGGGCGGCAGACGAAAAGAUACGGCCGUUGGCAACUCCUGAAGGAUUGGAGCAAAUAGAGUAA